AUGAGUGACUCGGAAGAAGACGUUGCUUUAUCUCAAUUGACGUCAAAGUCAGAAUCAGAAUCGCACUCAACAAAUCCUACUUCAAAUGACUCAGAUUCAGAUUCAGAGAGAGAUGAGCUCCCCUUGUCUCGAGCAGCACGUAAAAAGAAGGCCGUUGAUUUGGAUUUUGAAUCUGAUGACGAUGAAGAUGAGAAGCCGCUAGCCAAACGAAGGAAAACCAGCAGUGCAUCCACGAAGGCUAAGACCAAGGCUAAGGCCACCGCCAAGGGCAAUGCCAAUGGCAAAGUCAAAGCAGAAGCGCCAAAGAAAAAGACAACCACCAAAACAGUUAAAAAGGAAAAGGAAACGGGAACGGGCACUACGACCAAGACCAAGGCAGGUUCAAAAAAGACUGCUGCUGCUGCUGCUGCUGCUGCUGUGUCCAGAGUCAAGAAGGAAAAUGGUGUGAAAAAGGAGCCCUCUGUUAAAAGUGAGACACCAGGCUCUGAAGAAGACGAAGGAUACAAAUGGUGGGAGGAACAAGAUGAACACAACGGUGAAAUCAAAUGGACUUCGCUUGAACAUAAUGGGGUCAUGUUCCCGCCUGAAUACGAGCCAUUGCCUUCUCAUGUCAAGCUAUACUACGACGGCAAGCCGAUAACAUUGCCACCUGAUGCUGAGGAAGUUGCUGGUUUCUUUGGGGCCAUGGUUGAGACAGACCAUGCGAAAAACCCCGUUUUCCAAAAAAACUUUUUUAAUGAUUUCAAAGAAGUUCUCAAAGAAUGUAAUUGGGAUGGAGUUGCUAUUGUUGAUUUCAACAAAUUGGAUUUCAGCAAGAUUCAUGCCUACUAUGAAAAGCAAAGGGAAGACAAAAAGGCUCUUAGCAAAGAUGAAAAAAAGAGGAUAAAGGAAGAAAAAGAAAAGACCGAAGAACCGUUCAAGACGUGUUUGCUUAAUGGCAGAAAGGAAUUGGUUGGCAAUUUCCGAAUAGAACCUCCAGGUUUAUUCCGAGGACGAGGUGCUCACCCAAAAACGGGGAAAUUGAAAAGAAGAGUUAAACCGGAACAAGUCACCUUGAACUUGAGUGAAGGAGUUCCUGUACCGGAGCCACCCGCGGGACACAAAUGGGCAGAAGUGAGACACGAUAAUGAAGUAACGUGGUUAGCCAUGUGGCGAGAAAAUAUCUCGGACUCAUUUAAAUAUGUGCGAUUUGCAGCUAAUUCAUCGGUGAAAGGGCAAUCUGAUUUCAAGAAGUUUGAAAAAGCCAGAGAACUCCGCAAAUAUGUCGAUACGAUUCGAAAAGAUUACAAUAAAAUGUUGAAGUCCGAGAAAAUGCAGGAUCGUCAGAUGGCCACUGCUAUCUAUCUUAUCGACGUGUACGCGUUGAGAGCUGGUGGCGAAAAGGGUGAAGAUGAGGCCGAUACUGUUGGUUGUUGUUCUCUUCGAUACGAACACUUAACGUUGAAACCACCCAACCAGGUGAUUUUUGACUUUUUGGGUAAGGACUCGAUCAGAUUUUACCAAGAAGUUGAAGUUGAUCGACAAGUUUUCAAAAAUUUGAGGAUCUUUAAAAAGGAACCCAAAAAGCCAGGAGAUGAUUUAUUUGACAGGAUUAAUCCUUCCUUGGUGAAUAAACAAUUGCAAAAUUACAUGAAGGGUCUAACGGCAAAGGUUUUCCGUACAUAUAAUGCUUCGAAAACCAUGCAAGACCAACUUGAUCUCAUUACAAACGAGGGUACCGCUGCUGAGAAGGUUGUUAAAUUCAAUGCUGCAAAUAGAACAGUGGCUAUUUUAUGUAAUCACCAGCGUACCGUGAGCAAAAACCAUGAAAACUCAGUGCAGAAAAUCAAUGACAAGUUGCGAGAAUUGGUUUGGCAAAAGAUUAGACUCAAGAAGAUGAUUCUUGAACUAGAUCCAAAGUUGAAAAAAAAGGAUGCCAAAUAUUUCGAAGAGUUGAACGAUUUAUCGAAAGAGGAUAUUGAACACGUUCAUCAUUUAAUUAUUGAAAGACAAACGCAACAAGCUGAAAAGAAGUUUGAGCGGGAUAACGAGAGAUUGAAAAUGGAGAAAAAACCAGUUUUAACCAAGAAGGAUUUGAAAGAGAAACUAGACAAGAUCAAAGAAUUGGCCCAGGAGUACAAGAAAGAGUUGAAAACGGGCAAGCCUGAACUACCUCGCGGCGCAACAGUUGACAAGUUGAAAAGUCAAGUAGAGACGAUUGAGAAUAGAAUUGUUAGUACAAGUUUCCAGUUGAAAGAUAAAGAAGACAACUCCGAAGUGUCAUUGGGAACUUCCAAGAUGAAUUAUAUUGAUCCUAGGUUGACUGUGAUGUUUUCCAAGAAGUUCGAUGUGCCGAUAGAAAAGUUAUUCACCAAGACCUUGAGAGAGAAAUUUAAAUGGGCCAUUGAGUCAACUGAUAAAGACUGGAGGUUCUAG